GGUUGCUGCUUAAUUUGCUGUCCGAAUUGUUCUUAAAGAAUUUUGCACAAUUUUGUAACUUUACGUACCAACUGGUGAACAGUUAAAUCCGACAAUUAAAGCUUCAAUUAAAAUGCCCAGCCUUAAAGUGCUAGAAAGUAGCAAAAACAGUGAAUCUGAGUUGCUCCAAAACUCCGUCGAAAUUGCAGCAGGAAGCGAUGGAUGCAGUAAUUCGGCAAAGGAACCUCAGCAGUCGCAAUCCGCGCCGAGUGUCCUGGCCAGCAGUAUCAACGGCAGCGUCAAGGAACAGCCGGCGAGUCCUUUACAGCAGAUUGUCCUUAUAAUCGAGCACAAAAUUCGCAACCUCGAAAAGCGAAAGAACAAGCUGGAGUCCUACAAGGCAAUUGAAAAAUCUGGAAAAAAGCUCACCGUGGAUCAGAAGAAUGCCGUUUCGAAAUACGACGAAUGCCUAACAUCGCUGGAACUGGCACGGGAGCUCUGCAAACAGUUCCAAUCCAUUGCAACCACGGCUAACAAGGAAGCGAAGAAGGAGGCGAAGCGGACCGCAUUUGUAAAGGCACAACAGGAGACUGCAAAAGUGCGCGAGGUGUUGGUGAUCCAGGACGUUCUGAAGCGACUAACGGAGGAUACAACUGUUCGAUCUGACUUUCGCAAUGGGGAAAACGGCGCAUGUAAGAUCUCAGCGGAGGAUUUAAGCUUGCUGGAAAAGUUGCACGAGGAAACGCGACCGCAGCGUCCCAGGACGAGCCGGGAACCGGCGUUUGUGGUGACGGUAAAAACUGCUGCCGACCAUUUGUCUGCCGUGGUCGACGGCAGAAAUAAGGCGUACGGUGACAGUACCUACGUGCACCUGAAGAACAUUAUUUCCGAAGUUCAAGAUUGCGGAUACUUCGAGCGCAACGUUGUAACAGUUGACGAAGAAAACGAGGAUCAUGUUGCAGAAGAGACAAAUUCGAUCGAGAAUGAAAACAUUGACACAGCGGAAGAGGCUAUUGCGGAGGAAGUACGUACUAAUGCUGACGUGGCUGUUGAUCCCACAGCACCGGACCUGGAGAAACGCGAGAAGGAUAAUCCCGUAACCCAUUUGAUCCAACCCAGUGAACCCAAAAGUUUCGGAGAAGCACCAGCUGCAGCAGCGGUGCCGACUCCAUCGUUCCCAAUGCACUCCCAUGUCAUUCGCCAAAAUCCAGUUUCUUCGCCUGCGAUGCCGGUUAUCGUGGAUAAUCAAAACGGUCCCCUAAUUGCACCUUCGAUCCCAAUUCCUACCCCGGUCAUUGCUUCGAAUGCUGCAAUCAUUCCACGAAAUGCGACACAUGUUCAGUCGACUGCCACUGUUGCUGUUGUUCCACCGGUGCCAGUGACAGUUCCCGUAAUACACGCGGCAGCCGUUCCUCUCCAACCAAUUACUGGCCAACAGCUCGCAGCCACUACAGUUCAAGCGGUUGAGCACGCGUACUUUAAACAGCAUUACAUCCAGCAGCAAAUGCGACCCAUUCAUGAAGUUAUCGGAACGGGAAAUUUCUUCUUCUUGCAAGAUUCGGAGCUGGACAAACCGGAAGUUGUUUCGUUCGCCGGUAAUGUACAUCAUUUGACAACUAACGCUGCCCCUCAGAGUCCUGCUAAUCUGCAACCUGCGACCCUGCAAAUAACGCCAACGCCACAGCCAUCUACAGCUGCUUCCGUACAGCCACAGCCACCGAUGGCUUCGGCACAAACGACUGCAUUCAGUAGUCAACCUUUCCAGAAUAUGGUAGCGCCGUCGAAAGUGUAUAAUAAUCCGUUGCACCAGCAGCAACCUGUCGAACAACCACUUCAAUCUGCUAUUGUUAAUAUGACGCAGGGAACCCCGUUGGUUCCGAAAGUAGCUGACAUUUCCGGUAAGCCGGCACAUAUUCCAGCAGAUAUCAAUAUACAGCAUGUGCUGCCCAAGCAGCAACCGCAAGAGCACAUUCAACUUGAGCACCAGUCUAACCAAAAGAAUCCGUUGCCUCAACCGAAACCGUCUCCUUUCAGUGCGGUCGGGCCGCAAACGGCCGUCAUUAAUCCAAUGCAAGAAUCCAGCACCCAGCAAUUCCCAGCAUUAAUACAAAGUUUGCACGAUACUUCGCAGCAAAUUUCGACUAAUCAUAUCUCGCAGAAACUCUCCAAUCUAAUGGUUGAUUCGACGGCGGCAGAGAAGCUCAAAUCUUUGAAUAUGACUGACAAAUUAGCCAUGAACUCGAAUCAUGCUACGCAACAGCCUAAACCUAGACACGAUGAAUGGAGCAGCAGGGGACAAAACUUUGUGAACCUAGUGAAAGGUGAAGACCAAUGGGUUACCAAUACGUCUCAGAUGAAUAAGUCCAUCGAGGAAAGCUCCCACGACAAGGCGUCCUUUAAUCUCCCGAGACAGCCGCAACAUCAGCUGCUAACAUCUUCCAGCAGUCCGCCGAGCAACAGUGGGCCAGCGAACAGUGGCGCUCCAAACCGCAUUCAGCACAAUGGUAAUUCUGCUUCAAACUAUGGCAUAGGUAAUCUGACUGAUACAUCCAGCUCGCACGGCGGCCAGUCUCAGCAAUCACUGCCAAGCUCGACCGUUCAACAGCUGCACCAAGGUGGACACCGUAAUCCCCGUAAUGGUCCCGGCCACCAAUAUAAUCAAAACACCGGAUCGAAUUCUCGUUUUUCCAAUGACAGUGGCGUAAACAAUCCGCCCUCGACCUUCUUCAAAAACAACGAGCGAUUCUACCAGCAGAACCAGCAAAGCAACAACUUCGGCUCGAACAAAGCCGACUCAAGCUACCAUCAGCGUGGUUCGAUGUACAAGGGCCGCCAGGACAAUGGCGGCAGUGAAUCGACAUCGAUCGUAACCGGGUACGGGUCGAUUGCGGGCAGUAAUGCAUCGGGAGGCACAAACAACGGUAACAACAACGGUAACAACAACGGCAACAACAAUGGCAGCAGCAGCAUGGACUAUCGAUCGAAUGCUCGUCCAAUCAACAGUACAAGGAAUACCGGGCCCCCAUCAUCGCGGCCUCAGCAACGAAACCAUUCCGGCAACAGCAAUUACGGAGGCCCUCGCGGAUCGUCCAACACUAGAGGCCAACACAUUGUCAAUGCAUAAGCAGAAUCAAUAAUUUAACAAUAUUGCUACUGAUAUAUUAUAACCCACAAUGUAUCUUUCGCGGAAUCAUAAUCUACACUGGUUGCUAUAUUUGUAGUGUAGAUGAGACACUUUCUAACUGAUUGAUAGUAUGGCAUUAUAUAAUUUUAGCAGUAAAAAAGGAAAGCGAUCAAUUUAAAUGAAAUAAACACAAAACAUACGGAAUAAUAAUAAUAAUAAGUAAGUACACCUAUCUUGCUUUUCAUCAAGCUUUACACUUAAGCUAGGAUCGGAAUGUUUAGGCAAUUAUAAACAGUAAUCCCCAACGAUGGUAUUGGUAUGUCUGCCCUCUGGCUACACUCUAUAAUGGCCAGCCACACUCGAAGGCAGCCAUCCAAUGCAGAAUUGAACGCAGAGAGACAGCCUGAUCUUAGCCUUAGUAAUCCUAAAAGUCGUUGAUAAUAAACACUUUGAGUGUA